AUGUCGACAUCACUUAGGGACGAUGUAAACCUAGCUAGGAUAUUUGAAAAACUUGGGCACCAACUGGAAGAAAUCCGAGUGCGGGCUCUAACGAACAUACUCAGCAAACUCGACCAUAAAUUGGUGUCUCUACAUGACCUUAUCCAAGAGAAGCAUUUUCUCAUCCGUCUCCUGGAAUGGUUCAAUUUUCCAAAUGCUCCAAAACAAUCAGAGGUCAUUGAUCUUAUGUAUCAAUUGUCACAGCAUUCGGCUGCUGCUGAAAUCCUUCGAGAUGUGGGUGGAGUUGACUUUUUGACCCACUUUCGUAUGGAUACAACAGCCACCCUGAAAGUGAAGAUUGAUAAAAUUCUGGAUAACCUGAUGAAAUUGCCAGACUUUGAUAAUGGACAUAAUGGAGCAGAUUAUAUAUUUUACCAACAGCCAAAUUUCCAGUUUGAAACAUUUCCUGCUGACCAAGUUCAAAGUGGUGGUGACCCAUUGCAUGCAUCUGUUUCAGGGAUGUCAGUUCCACCUAAUGCACCUGCAUCUAAGACACACAAACACUCAGCCAAUGAAAGCUACAACUUGCCUCAUCCUGCCCAUGAGAGAUCUUCAAUUCUUUCAACUUCAUUCAACAAAUUCUCAGUUCUUUCUACUGGUUUUAAAGUCACUACUUUUCCUUGGCUCCCCCUGACACAAACAGACCGACAGGUUUUAUCUUCUACCAAUUCACUGUUACAAAGUAAAGAUCCACACAUGUUGAUCAGUGCUUGUGAAUUCCUACAAGAUGUUGUGUUUCAUGACUUUCCGGCUGAGAUAUUCCUGCAAAGACCAAACAUUGUGCAGAGCCUGUUUCAGUUGCUGGAUUUGUCAUGCAAUCUACCAGAAAACACCUCUGACCAGAAUCAGUCCUUGAUGAAACCAAAUCUGAUACUUGAAGCUUCUAAAACUUUGAUUCAUCUUUUGAGCUGCUUGACUGCAAGACUAAAGUAUCAUCAAGACCCAACUUUUCACACACCUAAACCAGAUUUCACUUCAAGUGCCACCUCCCUGGCUUCUCAUAAUGGCUCAGCUGGAAGUUGUUCACUGCAUUCUACUGAUACAAGAUUCUCAGCUUUGGGUAAGAGUGACUCACGGUGCUGUGGCGAUGGCAGGGAUGGUGACAGCUCAUCUACAAGCAGGUCCUCUUUUCAGUCUGUUGGAGAUGUUUCCCUCUUUCCUCCUGAAAAUAUAGAAACAGAGACCGCAUCCCAUCCACAACAAUUAAUGUUGCCACAGUUUUGUGUUGAGUUGAUGUCAUCAGGAUUGACCUUGCUGGAGAGAACCCAUGACCUUGGUCAUGUCUUUGUUAUCCUCAGGCUUCUCCAUUCUGACCUCAAACUGUUGGCGGAGGUCAUCAGCUUUAGCAUUUGGAAUGAUAACAAUUCGGCUUCAAGGCACAUUGUAACAUGUUUAACAAAAUGUCUGGAAUCAAUUAGCAGUCUUAUGCAACAUUAUCACCAUAGCAACAAGAUUACCGUCAACAGAGAUCAGAAUGUUACUGAGCAUCGACAAAUAUUCCUGGGUCUUGCUUCCUUUUUGGAGAGUUUUUUAAAACAGCUUGUUCCUGUUGACAAGAUAAAAUUGCCUGUGCCUGACAUGUUAUCAUCAGCCCUGGAACUGGUUGUGUUUGACGAGUGCCUUUCACAAAUGUGGCCUGACCUUCAUUCAACAAUGUUGGGUUAUUUACAUAAAGUUGCCAAUGAGCGUUACCUCCUUUAUGCAGAGACUGCACGUGUGUGCACCUCCCUACAGCGUACAUGCUAUUUUCUAUCUAAAAGUAAAAUGAGUGAUGGCAGUGUAGAAGAGUUAUUAAAUCUGGCUGAAGAAGCUUUAUUAAGUGUCCCCUACCACAUGUACAAAGAUUUUAUUUACAGUUAUAUGGACUUCUGCUCAGAGUUCUGUGGCAGUCUUGCAAUUUCUGAUACAUCCUGCAACAGCAAACAAGCCAGAGAAAUUUUAUGUCACCUACUUGCACAUAUCAAUUCUAAAAUUAAGGAAAUAUCCUAUGAAUAUUGCCUUAAAGUCAUUAAGGAAUCUCUGAAUAUCAAUGAAGCAGCUGCCAACCCUUCUUCAUCUUUACCAAUGCACACUAAAUUUGUUAUUCAUCCUCUUGUGCUACUUGAGAUUGUAUCAUUUGGUAUGGCAGACACAAAUAAAAAGAUUUCUCAGUCAGCUUUUGAUAUCAUGUUGUAUUUAUUGCAAGGACAACUUCUUCUAGAAGGUGAAAUGUGGCAAGACCUGAUCACUUGUUUAUCUCAUGUCCUUCCUGUAUUACAGUCAUAUGCAGAUACUGAAAGUCCUCUUGGAAAAAGUAUCUAUCUAUCUAUCUAUCUAUCUAUCUAUCUAUCUAUCUAUCUAUCUAUCUAUCUAUCUAUCUAUCUAUCUAUCUAUCUAUCUAUCUAUCUAGGAUAUUUGGAUGUGAAAGAGUUAUCCGAUGUGUUUGUGCUUUCCAACCAAGUUACAUUGCAACUGGAUAAUCAAGACUGUGUUUUCAAUUCAGAUGAUGUGGAAAAAAUUUACCAUAUAUUUUCAUCAGGUACUCUUGAUGAACAAGUCAAAAAGUCUGCUCUAGAACAACUGGUCUUGAUGCUACUUGAUGAAAAUCUUCAUCAGACAUUUCAACAGUUGGGAGGAAUAGAAAAUAUUUUGAAUCAUAUUCAAAGAUAUGUCAUGAAACCACAGAAUCCAGAAAACGGUACUGACAAUAGUUGCCGUUUGUUUUUGCCAUCUUGUAUUUCCAUUUUGUCCCUGUUACUACAACACAGUAAUGUUUUGAGGCAUAAAUUGGCUCAGCAACAGGAUAUAUAUUACAGCUUAAUUCGAGUUGCUUUACUUCAUCACAAAGAAGAACCUCUCAAAGUAGAACUGGCCAAGAUUUUCACAUUUCUGUUAUUUGACGAAGUAAUUCUUUCAGGUGUUAGUUAUAAGAAAUCACCUGAAAAGAAACAUUCUGCUAUCUUCUCUUUACCUGCUGCUGUUUGUCAAAGGUAUCAUCUGCCAUUCAAAUGUCCAUUGUAUCAUGAAAAUAGUCCAAACUUGAAGCCUUCCUUUAUUUCCAAUUCUUUAAGUUCAACUUCUUGUAGUGAUAUGAUGAGAUUUGCUUGGAAUUUUGCAUGGCACCAAGGAAUCAAUGGCCUCUUAGAAUAUGUGAAGAAUUUGUCUUCAAAAACAGAUGCUGACAAACCAGAGUACCCUCAGCACUUGCAUCUGACCCCCAUUGACUAUGUACUGCUUCAAAAAAGUCACAUUCCCACCAGUCUUCAAUUUGCUAUUGAUGGUAUUUCAAAUGCCACAAAUCACCAGGCAGUCAUUGUAGCAUUGAACCAAAUUCUUAUCUAUUUGGUGUCCUUAGAGGGCAAUCAGAAAGCUGUUUGUAGCACACUCCAUGAACUCAAGUGGACAGACAACUUGUGUCGUUUCUUACAAGUUGUACCAUCCUCACCACCCGAUGAGUGGCUUUUAUACCAAGUACUGCAUUUCAUUAGUUGUGUCCUGCAGUUCAGUAGCUCUGUACCUGACCAUGUACUGCAAUGGUUUGGAGAAUUGCUCUAUAAUCCCAAAGGGACACUCUUUUGUCUACUCAGCCGAACAGAAGACAACCAAGACCUUCCUGAAUAUGUAGCUGCCAUAAAAAGGUAUGUGAACAAAAAGAAAAAAAAAUACUAA